CUGCACACGGCUUCAUGACGGCUCGCACGCGCAACAUUCUCAAGUACUGCGUGCUGACGGCAUCGACCAUCGGCCCGGGCAGCGUGGCGAUGUGCGCAAAGGCGGGCGCCGACUACGGCCACCGGCUUGUCUGGUGCGUCGCCGUCGCCGUCGCCGUAGCGUGGUCGUUGCAGCACGCGGCGGGGAGGCUCACGAUCGAGGGAAAGCGCUCGCUUGGGCAGGCUAUCCGGGAUCUCUCGCCCAGUGGCGCAAAGGCGGUUGCGAGGCAUGCCCUCACCCUGUUUGUGCUCGCGGGGAGCGUGGCGUACGAGUGCAACAUCUUCUCGGGCGUCGCGUCCGGCGUCGAGCUGCUGACGGACGAGAGCGCCAUCCGGAUCGCCUUCCUGUGGCUCAACGGGCCGCUCUGCUGCGCCCUCCUCCUCGCCGGGUCCACGGACGCCGUCUCGGCAGCGCUGGGCGUGGUGGCGUUCAUGCUCGCCGUGCUCUUUGGCGCGGUCGUGGCGGCGUGUGGCCUGCAGCCUGGCUUCGUCAGCGGCCUGGUGCCCUCCUUCCCGCCCAAGUCGGUGCCCGACGCCCUGGGACUGAUGGGCACGACGGCGGUGCCGCUCAACCUCCUGCUCGGCUCCGCCAUCGCCAAGGGCGGCACUGUGGCGGCGAUGCGCGAGGGCGUCGCCGCCGCGUCGCUGCUGACGGGCCUUCUCUCGCUGCUCAUCCUCGCCGCCGGCGCAGAGGCGAGCCCGACGUUUGCUCCGGUGCACCUGGCGGACGAGACGGCGAGCUUCGAGCUCCGCCAUUUGGCAGAAGUGCUGCAGCGCAUCGGCGGCAGCGCCGGCGUCUCGUGCUUCGCGGUCGGGCUGUACGGCGCCGGAAUCUCGUCGGCACUCACGGUGCCGCUCGGCUCGGCGCUCGCGGUGGAGGACUUGCUGGGCUGGAGGGCCACGCCGCAGCCUGGAGAGAAGAGAGGCGAGUCGAGCAAGGGUAGUAGAAGCACAGUAAGCAGCUCCUCCGCGCUCCAAGAACGGAACCCCUUCUCUCACGCCCAAGCGACCCAGGACGAGGCGUUGCUUAGAUCCACACCCCCUAGGGACCGGGGCGAGGGAAGAGACUAUCGUUACUAUCGAGAGACAACUACUUACCGGCACACCGCCUAUAGUAUACUUAGACACACACACACACACACCGCUCACCCACGCGCACUGGGCCUUGCACUUUGAAUGCCGUGGGGCUCCUGUCGUCAGACGUGGAGACGCGAGGGCUUCCCCCCCCCCCUUGCCCCACCACCUCGUGUGUGUGGAGAAGUUUACCUUACCUUACCUUACCUUACUAUAGGCGCGUCGUGGGCGACGGGCGGCCGCGCGUGCCUGCAGUGCGCCAUCGUCUUGCUCGGGAUGGUACCGUCGCUGCUGCGGCUGCCGACGAUGGGGGUGGUGAUCCUCGCCGCGCAGAUCGUCAACGGGCGGCUGCUCCCCUCGUUCUGGUGUCCCUGCGCGCCCCGAGAAGACCCGCGAGACGACGCCCCGGGAGAUUACGGGAGAUUAGGCUCCUGCUCCCCUUCGUCUCGGCGAGCCUCGCUAUCUGCCUCAACGACCGGGGCAUCAUGGGCGCCGCGCUUCCGGCGGCGGCGGGCCUCCUCCCGACCCUUGCGCCGAGCCUCGCCGCGUCCUUCUUCCUCGCGAGCAUGGUCCUGUUUGGCCGGUCUGCAGACGACGGCGAUUCGGACCUGGAGCAAGGGGAGGCCGUCACCUCCCUCGUCCCCGCCGCGGGGGCGACCGUCGCCGGCUUGGCCGCCGUCGCCGUGCUAGUGCGGCGCGCGCGCCGUGGGGCGUGGUGAGCACUAACGUACCCCACCAAAGUGGUGCCUUGAUGCCUCGGACCCUCGAUCGGACCCAAUCCAUGCGUAAAAGCUAGCAGCUGCGCAAAAAGAGAGCGUUAGUUGGC